AUGCCUGCGACGGGCGCCCGCACACGCCUUGUCGUGACCGAGCCCGAUGCACAACAGCUGAGCAACACGUUGCGGGCCCUCGGGCGAUUGAGUUUUAGCGGCCAUUUGACAAUUGACGCCGCGGCACACCAGGUCCAAUCUGCUCACAGCCUCUUCGGGCCGCAGGAAACUUCGAACAGGACUCGGACGCCUACCAGUUCGGUUUUGCUCGAUCUGGCACUCUUGGAAGGGUUGGCCGAUCAAGCAAUUCGAAUGGCCCCACACUUUGAUCCGCAAGGCCUGGCAAUGGUGGCAUGGUCCUUCGCUACAUGCGAGCUGCGAGACCUGCCAUUGUUUGACACCACCGGCGAGCAUGUUCUGAGCAUCAUCCAUGAGCUCGACCCGCAGUUCACAGCAAUCAGCUGCGCUUCGGCCACUGAGCUCGGGCCCCAGAGCCCCUCGAACUUGGCCCGGGCACUCGGCCGGCCGGAGCUCCGUGGAAGCCCGGUUUUGGACGCCACUGCGGCCACGGUCCUGGACCGGAGCUCGGAGUGCUCGCCGCUGAACUCGUCCAACCUCGCGUGGGGGUUUGGCACCUUACGAGAUGCGCCAGGGUCGCUGUUGACUGCCCUGGGAAGGGAGUCCACGGGCAAGCUGCCUGAGCCUAGUGGCCAGCAGCUGGCAAACAUGGUUUGGGGUUUUGCAUGGCUGUCUUUUCUGGAUGCCAGCUGGAUGGAGGCUCAUUCUAGAUUUGCUCGGCCACUGCUGCCGGAGCACACCCCACAAGGACUUUGCAACACAGCCCGAAAGCCUGCCAAGCUGGUCGCUUUCGGGGAAGCACUGAUGAUGUCAGCUUGCCAUGAGGCUCAGAAGAGGUUCCAUGUGUCUCAGCCACAGAACUUCUCCAACUUCGUAUGA